AUGGCAGCGAAUCAUCACCACCACGUGUCAAAUAGCAUGGCCAAUAGCUCACAUAACCUACACUCAAAUGUAGUGGGUGUGCACUACAGAGUUGGAAAGAAAAUCGGUGAAGGAAGUUUUGGUGUCAUCUUUGAAGGAACAAAUUUGCUAAAUAAUCAACAAGUUGCCAUAAAAUUCGAACCUCGAAAGAGUGAUGCGCCCCAACUUCGAGACGAAUACCGGACAUACAAAAUUCUGGCAGGAUCAGUUGGUAUACCGACUGUAUACUAUUUUGGUCAGGAAGGUCUACAUAACAUACUGGUCAUAGAUCUCCUUGGUCCUAGUUUAGAAGACUUGUUUGAUAUGUGUGGAAGAAAAUUCAGUAUUAAAACGGUGGUUAUGGUAGCCAAGCAAAUGCUUACACGAGUGCAAACCAUUCAUGAGAAGAAUCACAUCUACCGCGAUAUUAAACCAGAUAAUUUUUUGAUUGGUCGCCCUUCAACAAAAGCUGCCAAUAUAAUUCACGUUGUUGAUUUUGGUAUGGCUAAACAAUAUCGAGAUCCGAAGACAAAGCAACAUAUUCCAUAUCGAGAAAGGAAAAGUUUAAGCGGAACGGCUAGGUAUAUGAGCAUUAAUACUCACCUGGGAAGAGAGCAAUCAAGACGUGAUGAUCUAGAAGCUCUUGGUCAUGUGUUUAUGUACUUUUUAAGAGGCGGGCUGCCAUGGCAAGGACUCAAGGCAGCUACUAAUAAACAAAAGUAUGAAAAAAUUGGGGAAAAAAAGCAAUCAACCCCUAUUAAGGAAUUAUGUGAGGGAUUUCCAGAGGAGUUUGGAACUUAUCUUCAUUAUGUCCGUAAGCUUGGUUUUGAAGAACAACCUGACUAUGAUUUUUUGAGGGAACUUUUCACCAAGGUUUUAAAAAAUUCUAAUGAGACAGAAGAUGGUAUUUACGAUUGGAUGUUGUUAAAUGGAGGAAAGGGAUGGGAAGCAAGCUCGCGGAAAGAUGACGGCACACUGAAUCCUGAAACUAACACCCGCCUAACAAUUCACGGCACCUCCUCCCAGCAAUAUAGUUCGAAUGCGGGCAUUCAUCAACCUAAUCAUCUUCACUAUCAUCACGGUUCGUCUGAUCCUCGCCUUCACCGUUCAUCACUCAAUCGCGGACCGUCCAUGAACCGCGGUCAACAACAACCUCCGUCCUCUCCUGCUUUGGUCCACGCCACUUCUAAGGCACAACGAGGAACAGUGAAAGCACAAAAGCAUAGCAGUGUUAUGAAUUCUGGUGUGGAUGAUUUUAAUAAUCAUUAUCGUGCUGGUAUGAAUGGUGGUAAUAGCGGAAACGUAACUGGCGGUCAAGGAACUAAUGGUGCAGAUUCAAACUCUCAUCGAAGACGAGGAAUUUGGCAAAAGUUCAUUGGCGUGAUUACAUGUAAAUGUCGUCACGCGGUGAUUCGUGCUUUGCGAAGGGGUGACAAAUCACGUAUGGCACUUGGUAGUUAA